CUGAUCGGUGUUGUGCUGCUGCUGUCGAUCAGGGCUCGCUCCAGUCCAGGGCUGAUUCAUCGAUCGUCGACUAGAAUUCUGAAACACCACAGUUGGGUAUCAUGAGGAACGCGGAUGCUGGGGCGGAGGCAAUCGACAGCGUGGCGAGGGCGAGACUCCUCAUAGCCGAGAGGGAACAGGCGUCCAAGUCCGUCAUGCGCACAUGCAGUCACAGCUGGAGUGCCCAGUGUGCAGGGCCCACUUUGAAGAGCCUCGUGUCCUGGCCUGCUCGCACACCUACUGCAAGCACUGUCUGGAGAAAGCCGUCAAGAAAGCCAAGCUGGGCAAGAAGGGUGGGAGCAUCGGCUGCCCAGAGUGUGGCUGUCCCUACAGAGUUCCCCAACGGCGACAUCCACCAAUGGCCUACAACUUUUCCAUCCAGACGUCAUGGACCUCAUGAAAUACUACAGCAGCCCCGAGCCGGUCCCUGUCGUUCCGUGUGGCAACUGUCGACGCUACGGUGACAAGGAGCUGGCCCCGGCCAUUGCCCGCUGCUCGAGCUGCUCCACGUUUCUCUGGUCAGCAGUGCUUCCACCUCCACUCCAUGGACGACUUUGCGAAACUGCACACCACCACUCUCGCUCACAGAGCGCCGCAGCAACGACUACUUCUUCAGUUGUCUCAGCGCCAGACGACACGGGGAUACGCAAUUGCCACGCACACAACUGGAAACCCUACACCCACUUCUGCGUCACCUGCAGCAAGGGGUGUGCGAGCGUUGCUUGCGACAGGACCACAAGUCACACGUGUACGCACGACCCGAGCAUCUACGACCAGACUAUGGCGAGUACACGGAGCAGUUGCACUCGCGCACUAUGCGUCUCUUGCGUCAAACUGAGCGAGGCUAUCCAGACGACGCAGGAGUUGACUCGGGGAUCCAGUUGCUAGCGGCAACUCAGAUCGAGGAGGUGGUGAGGACCCAGGAAGCGUUGAGCACGGCCCUCGACGAGCGGCAGGCAUGCUGCUACAGGAACUGGAGGAACAUAGACUGAAGCAGGCAGAGAAAGGGAGAGAACCUGCUGAGCACGAGGAUGGGACCUCCGGAUAGUUUGUGGAGUCAUGUCUCUCCCUCUCUCUCUCUCUCUCUCUCGCUAUUCUGUCGUUUGUGUGUAUGUGUGUGUUCUCUGGGUGUGUAGUCGAUGGCCCUAGUGCUAGGGCCACAUGAGUGUUAUGUGCUGUAACACUGUUGCUCUGCAGAUCAGAUUUUUUGGC